CAGCCGGGAGGCGGCUGUGGGGCAGCGAGCGCUGGGCUCCGGCCCGGCAGCAGGAAGUGACUCGCAGCCGCUGCGGUGACUCUGGCUCCCAGGCUCCUGGCGAGAUCCCCGAGCCCCGGCGGCUGGUGCUGGGAGCCCGGAGCCCUGGCUGCAGCCGGGAGAGGGGAAUCUCCAGCAGGGCCCUUCCCGCUGCUCCCCAGGAGCCUCUCCCAGGGCAGAGCCCCCAGCCCGGCCCGGCCCCUGCCCCGGGGGGCCCCGCUCGGAGGGAAGACUGAGGAAUCGCAUCCACGUUUCGCUCCAGAUCGUCCCGUCUUCCAGGAGACAGGGCAGGGAAAUGGCCAUGAUGGAGCCAGCUCAGAUGCCAGUGACCUUCGAGGAGGUGGCUGUGUAUUUCACCCAGGGGCAGGGGGCUCUGCUGGACCCCGCUCAGAGAGCCCUCUACAGGGAUGUCAUGCAGGAGAACUACGAGACGGUGACCUCGCUGGGAUUCCCCAUUCCCAAACCUGACCUGAUCACCCGGCUGGAACAAGGGAAAGAGCCGUGGGUUCCCGAUCUCCAGGUCUAUGAGAAAAGCGAACUCCCGAGAAGCCCCCACACAGCAGGUAACGAGACAGUGAGCGAGAAUGAGGAUGGGAAUCAACAGCAGGAAGUUUCUGGGCACGGGGAACCACAGGAGACCUUUGUGGGAAGAGCUGAAGGGAAUUUCUCCCAGUGCUUGGAACAGGAAGAAGCCUGGAGAAAUUGGCAGAGGUCAGAGAGGCUGCUGGGAAACCACUCAAGGGAGCAAAUGGAUGAAUCUGUUAUAUAUGGAGAAAGACACAGGAAUCCCACAGCCUGGCAGACAACCCCGAGGGACAAAAGCUAUGACUACCUCGGUUCUGUUACACUUCAGGCAAUAAAUACUGGAGAGAAAACACUUCAGUGGUUGGACUGUGGGGAAAACUUGAGUAAGUGUUCAGAUCUUGCUAACCAUGGGAGAAGCCACCCGCGAGAGAGACCCUGUCAGUGCCCUGAGGGCAAGAAUUGUUUGAAUUGGAAGUCAGCACCGAAUACACAUCAGAAAACCCACACCGGAGACAGACCACAUCAGUGCUUAGACUGUGGGAAAAGUUUCAGAUGGAGAUCAGCCUUUGUUAAUCAUCAGAGAAUCCACACCGGAGAGAGACCCCAUAAGUGCUUGGAUUGUGGGAAAAGUUUCAUACAGAGGUCAAACCUUGUUACACAUCAGGCAAUCCACACCAGGGAGAGACCCCAUAAGUGCUUAGACUGUGGGAAAAGUUUCACAUGGAGAUCAGCCCUUGUUAAACAUCUGGCAAUCCACACUGGAGAGAGACCCCAUAAGUGCUUAGACUGUGGGAAAAGUUUCACAUGCAGAUCAGCCCUUGUUAGACAUCUGGCAAUCCACACUGGAGAGAGACCCCAUAAGUGCUUGGACUGUGGGAAAAGUUUCACAUGCAGAUCAGCCCUUGUUAGACAUCUGGCAAUCCACACCAGCGAGAGACCCCAUAAGUGCUUGUACUGUGGGAAAAGUUUCAUAGAGAAGUCAGCCCUGGAUAAACAUCAGGCAAUCCACACCAGAGAGAGACCCCACAAGUGCUUGGACUGUGGGAAAAGUUUCAUAGAGAAGUCAGCCCUUGUUAAACAUCAGGCAAUCCACACCAGAGAGAGACCCCACAAGUGCUUGGACUGUGGAAAAAGUUUCAUAGAGAGGUCAGCCCUUGUUAAACAUCUGGCAGUCCACACCAGAGAGAGACCCCACAAGUGCUUAGACUGUGGGAAAAGUUUCACAUGCAGAUCAGCCCUUGUAAUACAUCUGGCAAUCCACACCGGAGAGAGACCCCAUAGGUGCUUGGACUGUGGGAAAAGUUUCAUACGGAGGUCAGCCCUUGUUAGACAUGAAGCAGUCCACACUGGAGAUAGACCUCAUAAGUGCUUGAACUGUGGGAAAAGUUUCAUAGAGAGGUCAGCCCUUGUUUCACAUCAGAGAAUCCACACAGGGGAGAGACCCCACAAGUGCUUAGACUGUGGGAAAAGUUUCAUACAGAGGUCAGGCCUUGUUUCACAUCAGAGAAUCCACACAGGAGAGAGCCCCCACAAGUGCCUGGACUGCGGGCAAAGUUUCCUAUAUAGGUCAAACCUUGUUAAUCAUCAGGCAAUUCAUACAGGAGAGAGACCUCACAAGUGCUUAGACUGUGGGAAAAGUUUCCUAUAUAGGUCAAAACUUGUUAAUCAUCAGGCAAUCCAUACAGGAGAGAGACUCCAUAAGUGUUUAGACUGUGGGAAAAGUUUCAUACAGAAGUCAGUCCUCCUUUCACAUCAGAGAAUCCACACAGGGGAGAGCCCUCACAGGUGCCUAGACUGUGGGAAAAGUUUCCUAUAUAGGUCAAACCUUGUUAAUCAUCAGGCAAUCCACACAGGAGAGAGACCCCACAAGUGCUUAGACUGUGGGAAAAGUUUCAUACAGAGGUCAAACCUUCUAACACAUCAGGCAAUCCACACCGGAGAGAGACCCCACAAGUGCUUAGACUGUGGGAAAAGUUUUAUACGGAGGUCAAGCCUCCUAAUACAUCAGGCACUCCACACUGGAGAGCGACCCCACAAAUGCUUAGACUGUGGGAAAAGUUUCAUACGAAGGUCAGACCUUCUUGUGCAUCAGGCAGUCCACAGCAGAGAGAGACCCCAUAAAUGCUUAGACUGUGGGAAAAGUUUCAUGCGGCGAUCACACCUUCUUACGCAUCAGGCAGUCCACACCGGAGGAGGACAUAAGUGCUUAAACUGUGGGAAAAGUUUCACAUAUAGAUCAGCCCUGGUUACACAUAAGAGAUUACACAUGGGGGAGAGACCCCAUAAGUGCUUAGACUGUGGAAAAAGUUUCAUACAGAGGUCAAACCUUGUUAAACAUCAGAGAAUACACACUGGAGAGAGACCCUAUAAGUGCUUACACUGUGAGAAAAGUUUCAGAUGGAGGUCAGCUUUUGUUAAUCAUCGGAGAAUCCACACAGGAGAGACACCCCACAAGUGCUUGGACUGUGGGAAAAGUUUCACAUGGAGGUCAGCCCUUGUUAAACAUCAAGUAGUCCAUACAAGAGGGAAACCAUAAGACUCUGGGAAAGGUUUCAGAAACAUAUCAGCCUUUCUAAACAUCAGGCAAUCCACACAUGGGAGAGACCCCCGUAAGUGCAUAGACUAUGGAAAAAUGUUUCAAAUUGAUGUCAUCCCUUGUUUUACAUCAGAGAAUCAGAGGAGUGACCCCAUAACUUUUUAGCCUGUGAAAGAUGUUUUAAAUGGAGGUCAAAUCUUAUUCCAAAUUGGGCAAUCCACACAGGAGAGAGACCCCAUAAGUGUUUGGACCAUCUGAAAAGUUUCACAGAAAGAUCAAAUCUUGUAACACUCAGAGGAGCCACACAGGAGAGAGACCCCACAAGAGCUCAAACUGGAAAAAGUUUCCUACAUAGGUCAGACCUUGUUAAAAGUCAGCUAAUCCACACAGGAGAGAUCCCAUAAGUGUUAGGCUGUGGGGAAGGUUUUAGAUGGAGCUCAGGCCAUGUUUUACAUCAGAGAAUCCACACAAGAGACCCCAUAAGUGCAUAGACUAUGGAGAAUGUUUCCUACCAUGGUCAAGUGCUUGGACCAUGGGAAAGGUUUCAGAAACACCUCAGCCCUACAGAACAUCAUCCAAUCCACAUAGGAGAGAGAUCCCAUAACUGUUUAGACUGAGGAAAAAGUUUUAUAUGGAGGUCAGAGCUUGCUGAAAACAGGCAGUCCACACAGGAAGGAGCCCACAGAAGUGCUUUGACUGUGGGAAAAGUGUCAUACAGUGGUCAGCCCUUGUUAAACAUCAGGCAGUCCACACAGGAGAGAGACCCCAUAAGUGCUUGGACUGUGAGAAAAGUUUCAUACAGAGCUCAGACCUUGUUAAACAUCAGGCAAUCCACACCAAAGAUUAACCCCUUAAGUGCUUAGACUGUGGGAAACAUAGCAGAAACUGAUCAGUCCUUGUUUUACAUCAGAGAAUCCACAAGACUCCAUGGGUGCUUGGACUGUGACAAAAGUUAUACACAGAGAUCACACCUCAUUAAACACUGGAGAAUUCACACAUGAUCUAAACUUCUGUGACGCAUGGCCUAAAAGAGUUAAGAACCUUGCAGGCUAAUUCACCAAGCUUCAACCUUUAGAGACAUGUUAGAAAAGUGUGUAAAUGGUAUUUGGGGCCAUUCCAAGAAAUAUAGACUAGAACGUUGAAAUGUAACCUGGUGUUGUUAAAAAAAUCGGAAGAAGAUAGUAGUGCUGUUGAUUAAUUGCAGUUGAGUCGUGGGAUUAACUCAAAAAAAUUCAUUGUGGUUAGAAAAAUUCAUCUUGAUGAAUCACAUUGUUAAACAAUAGAAUACUAGUUGAAAUUUGUGAAAUGUUUUUGGAUGUUUUUCUACGUUUUCAUAUCUAUUGAUUUCUCUCACAACAAAGAAGAGAAAGUAUGCGGUGCUCGCUUUAUAUUAUUUUUUAUUACAAAUAUUUGUGCUGUAAAUGUGCAAAACAGAAGUGGUAUUUUUCAGUUCACCUCAUACAGGUACUGUAGUGCAAUCUCUUUACCAGGAAAGUGUACCUUAGAAACAUUGAUUAUUUUAAUCAUAUAAGUGCACUCAAAAAUCAAGCAAUUAAAAACUAUAUAGCCUAGAAGUCAAUUCAGUGCUACUUCUUUUUCUGUCACUCGCUAUGACAAACAUGCAUCUGACAAAGUGGGUAUUCAUCCACGAAAGAUUAUGCUUCAAUACUCUGUUAGUCGUAAAGGUGGCACAGGACUCUCUCUUGCUUGUGAGAAACAAGUUUGUUUACAUUUAUGAGAAAUAAUGCUGCUUUGCUUCUAAUUUAUGAUGUCACCUGAAAGUGUGAGAAGGUGUUCUCGUCUCAUGUUUGUAGCUGGCAAUGCAAGGUAUUUAUGUGCAAGAUAUGCAAAACAUGCCUAUGUCCCUUCAUGCUUCGGCCACCAUUCCAGUGGGCAUGCUUCCAUGCUGACAAUGCUCAUUUUUUUAAAAAAUGCAUUAAUUAAAUUUGUGACUGAACUCCUUGAAGGAGAAUUGUGUGUCCCCUGUUCUGUUUUACAAACCUUCUGUUGGUGGCGUCUGACUCAGUUGAUGAAAAUGAGCAUGUGUCGGUCUGGUCUGCUUUGGAUCGUUAUUGAUUAGAACCCAUCAUUAGCAUGAAUGCAUGUCCUCUGGAAUGGUGGUUGAAGCAGGAAGGGACCUAUGACUAUUUAGAGCAUCUGACACAUAAAUAUCUUGCGAUGCCGGCUGCAAUAAUGCAACAAGAAUGCCUGUUCUCACUUUCAGGUGACAUUGUGAACAAGAAGUGGUUUGAGCAUUGGCCUGCUAAACCCAGGGUUAUGAGUUCAAUCCUUGAGGGGGCCAUUUAGAGAACUAGGGUAAAAAUCUGUCUGAGGAUUGGUCCUGCUUUGAGCAGGAGGUUGGACUAGAUGACCUCCUGAGGUUCCUUCCAACCCUAAUCUACGCUUCUAAGAAGCGGGCAGCAUUAUCUCCUGCACUUAAUCUGUAACAAGAUAUAGGUCAACAGAGACUACUACAAUUAUGAUCUUCAAGGGCUGUCAAAUGAUUUAAAAAAAUUAACCAUGAUUAGUUGUGCUGUUAAACAAUAAUAGAAUACCAUUUAUUUAAAUAUUUUGGAUAUUUUAUACAUUUUCAAAUAGACUGAUUUCAGUUGCAACACAGAAUACACUCCAUGCAUCUGAUGAAGUGAGUUCUAGACCGUGAAAGCUUAUGCCCAAAUAAAAUGUGCUAGUCUCUAAGGUGCCACAAGGACCCCUUGUUGUUUUUACAGAAUACAAAGUGUAGAGAGCACUUUAUUUUUUUAAUUACAAAUACUUGCACUGUAAAAAACAAAAAGAAACAGUAUUUUUCAAUUCACCAACUGCAAUUACAUUACUGCAGUCUCUUUAUGAUGAAAGUUGAACUUACAAAUGUAGAAUUAUGUGCAAAAAAAAAUUGCAUUCAAAAAUAAAACAGUAUAAAACUUUAGAGCCUACAACUCCACUCAGUCCUACUUCUUGUUCAGCCAAUCAUUCAGAAAAAGAAGUUGGAUAGUUUUCUGUCUGGUAAGAGCUCACUUAGCAAUAGACACAGCUGGGAAACCCUUAUGUCUUUAUAGAUGUAGUUGUGAAAUCCUCACUUUUGUUUUGUCAUUCUGGUUCCCACUUUGCUAUGGUUAUCUGCAUGGUCUCUGGCUGGUUCUGUGAUUGUUUCUGUCUGCUGAAUAAUUUAUUUUGGUGGGUGUAAACUAAUUAAGGUGGUGGGAUAUAAUUGGCUAGCUAAUCAUGUUACAAUCAGAAUUGGUUAAGUAAAUUUUAGCAGACUGGUUAAGGUAGAGCUAAGAAUAUUUUAUAUAAAUUAGGGGCAUAUAAGAAGUAAGCUGGGAUUCGAAAAUAAGGAAAAGAAACUUGGAUUUAAGCUUGCUGGAAGAUCUCCCUAAUAAACAUUGACUUGUUUGUA